UACAAAGGCUGCAACGACGCCGUAUACAUGUUUCAGAACGGCGUCACGUUGGUGACUUUAUCUUGUUCUGGUUGAGGGAACUGUAAACUGUGGAGCACUAGCAGAAAUGGCUACUUCUUCUGCUCCAUUGGCUCGCUUCUCUGUUAUCUCGAGACCUUCCUCGCAUCCACAAUUCUUCAACUUCCCUCCUCCAACCGGAAUCUCCCAUUCCCGACCCGGCGCGCCCCGGUUCAGGUGUUCGGCCGGUCAGACCGGGUUCUUCACCAAACUGGGCCGGUUGAUAAAGGAGAAGGCGAAGAGUGACGUGGAUAAGAUCUUCUCGGGUUUCUUAAAAACCCGCAACAACCUCGCCGUCAUCGACGAGCUCCUCCUCUACUGGAACCUCUCCGACACCGACCGUGUCCUCGACGAACUCGAAGAGGCUCUUUUAGUGUCUGAUUUUGGGCCGAGAAUUACUAUUAAGAUAGUGGAGAGUUUGCGCGAAGAUAUAUUGUCAGGGAAGCUUAAGUCAGGGAAUGAGAUAAAGGAAGCACUGAAGAGGAACGUUUUGGAAUUGCUCACCUCCAAGGGGAGUAAAACUGAACUUCAACUUGGAUUCAGGAAGCCAGCUGUAAUAAUGAUCGUUGGUGUUAAUGGUGGAGGGAAGACAACAUCUUUGGGAAAGCUGGCCUAUAGAUUGAAGAAUGAAGGGGCUAAGAUAUUGAUGGCAGCUGGUGAUACAUUUAGAGCAGCUGCUAGUGAUCAGUUGGAAAUAUGGGCUGAAAGGACUGGGUGUGAGAUUGUUGUGGCUGAAUCUGACAAAGCAAAAGCAUCAUCAGUGCUUUCACAGGCUGCAAAAAAGGGAAAAGAGCUUGGUUUUGAUAUUGUAUUAUGUGAUACAUCUGGGCGUUUACACACUAAUUACAGCCUAAUGGAAGAGUUGAUUUCUUGUAAAAAGGCUGUCGGUAAAGUCAUUUCUGGCGCACCUAAUGAGAUCCUACUGGUUCUGGAUGGGACUACUGGUUUGAAUAUGUUGCCACAGGCGAGGGAAUUCAAUGAUGUUGUGGGUGUUACUGGUUUAAUUUUGACCAAACUGGAUGGUUCUGCUAGAGGUGGCUGUGUGGUCAGUGUGGUUGAUGAACUUGGAAUCCCUGUGAAAUUUGUGGGUGUUGGUGAAGGUGUUGAAGACCUUCAACCCUUUGAUGCGGAGGCCUUUGUCAAUGCCAUCUUUAUGUAAACCAAUAUUAUGGGUUUGUUCAGAAUGGUUUAUUAGCAGAGCAGCAUGACAUGAGUAUGCAGAGCAAGACUACCAUGUCACGGGAAAGAUGGCAUUUUGUUAUGGAAGCCGUUCUUGGGAGAGGCUAAGCAUUGGGAAAGCGUGUAGAUGAUUUUGGUUUGGGAGAGGCCAAGCAUUGGGAAAGCGUGUAGAUGAUUUUGGGGUGCAGGGCUGUUGUUGCUUUCGAGGCAUGCUUAGUGUAUAUAAUCCUUUCACAUGAUCCAUGGCUGGUAGUUUCUGACAAUGCAAAUGAGAGAUGGAGUUUGUUUAUAUUCGCUCCUGUUUGUGAACUGAAAGGCUUUUAUUGUGGUCAUGUGGUGUGCGUGUAAAUGAUACUAGGAAAAUGUCAACACAUGCUAUUCUGUAUGUAAACAUCUUAUUAAUGAUGAUACUUUCUUUUCUUUUCAUUUCUUCGACUUCUGAAGUAGUUUCCUAUUUCAUUGAUUACAUAUAUAUUGGUAAGCC